AUGCACCGCUUCUCACGGCGCUUACUGGGUGCGGCAGGCAUCGGCCCAUUUGACCCGUACAAGAUCCUCGGCGUCAGCCCAGGUGCCAGCAAGGAGGAGAUCAAAAGGGCGUACCACCGCCUGGCACUCCGGUUUCAUCCCGACAGCGGGGCGGAGGGCAACUCAGAGCGAUUUGCGGCGGUAAACGAGGCGUACGAGGCUGUGAAGGACGGCAAGUGGAAGGACGCGGCUCAGCAGCAACAGAAGGCAGGGGCGCAAAGCGGCGGGGGUGGGUGGGAUCCAAAGAGGCGCAUGUACGUUUAUGAGCAGCCAGGCUCGACGACGGAUGGCUAUGUCUCCGGCGAUACAGAGAAGUACCUGCGCUUCUUCAUGAUUGGCUGCUUUCUCUUUAUAUUUGUUCGAGUUUCGCUCUUCUUCUUCCUACCAGCCAAAAAGCAUGACGGGCGCCAGGAGAGCGCACCUGGUCAAGAGUGUUCGGACGGCUCUGUGCCCCUCGGUUCUUUUGGCGGCCAGGAGACGACGUUUGCACCGUCCCUCGCUAAUGUUGCGAGUGGCUACCGAAGCGGUUCCGUUCACGCUGAUGAGGAAAUGGAGUAUAAGUGGGUCGAAAAUAACACGAGCACCAGCAUGAAGGACCCACUGUCGUACCGGUGA